CACCCCCCCGCCCGGACCGUGCUCUUCGAGAAGGAUUCCACCGGCGUCACGUACCGCGUGCCCGCCCUGCUCUACCUGCCCUGCGUGGCCAAGCUGCUGGCUUUCGCGGAGGAGCGGCUGAGCGCUGAUGAUGCCCAUGCCAACCUGCUGGUGUUGCGCCGCGGCACCGUCUACGGGAGCUACGUGGAGUGGGAAGACAUGCGCGUGCUGGAGACGGCGACGCUGCAGCACCACCGGUCGAUGAACCCCUGCCCGCUCUAUGAUGAGUUCACCGGCACCCUCUUCCUAUUCUUCAUCACGGUGCUGGGCAGGACGCCCGAAGCCUACCAGAUUGUCACCGGCCAAAACGUCACCCGCCUCUGCUGCGUCACCAGCGUUGACCAAGGUCUGAGCUGGAGCACGGCCAGGGACCUGACGCAGCAGGUCAUUGGCGGGGGGGCCAAAGACUGGGCAACGUUUGCGCUGGGCCCCGGGCACGGGAUCCAGCUGCGGUCCGGCCGGCUCCUGUCCCCCCCCUACGGCUACCACAUCGACUGCAAGGAGUGCUUCGGGCAGCUCUGCAAGACCACCCCUCACUCCUUCGCCUUCUACAGCGACGACCAUGGCCGGGGCUGGCGCUUCGGUGAGUUCAUCCCCAACCUGCAGACGGGCGAGUGCCAGCUGGUCUCGGUGGACGAGGAGGAUGGCUCCAAUGUCCUCUACUGCAAUGCCCGCAGCCCCUUGGGCUUCAGGGUCCAGGCGCUGAGCACGGACGACGGGGCUGUCUUCCACAGGGGGCAGCUGGUCCAGCGGCUGGUCGAACCCCCCCAUGUCCGAGGGGACCCAGUGGUGACCCCCAGCCCCACUGGCUUCUUCCAAGCACCGACGUGGGUCCUCUACUCCCACCCCACCAGCUCCAUGUCACGAGUCAACAUGGGGGUUCACCUCAGCACCUUCCCCAGGGACGUGGAGAGCUGGACUGAGCCGUGGGUCAUCUACGAGGGUCCAAGCGCUUACUCGGACCUGGCUUACAUGGAGCUGCCCUACAACGAGGCCUCCAUCUCUGGUGGCCCAGACAUUGCUUUUGCCUGCCUCUACGAGAACGGGACACGGUCGCCCUACGAGCAGAUCUCCUUCAGCAUGUUCACACUGCACGAUGUGCUGCAGAACAUCCCCCUGAGAGCCACCGCUCCCCAGCGGGAUGGCGGCCCCCCACGCCGCAGGAAGCAGGGGCGAAGGAGCUGCCUCAUCUCCUAG